AUGUCUGGCUCUUUACAGCAGCUGUCCGCGAGAUUAACCUCUCGUUUCCCAUGGACGUCUGCACCGUUGAUUGUGGCCGCGCCGAUGCGGGUGUUGGCGGGACCCAGGCUCGCAGUGGCCGUGUCGGCUGCUGGAGGAUUUGGCUUCAUCGGGCCCGCAGCGAAGACCAAGGCUAUGAAAGACGACCUAGAAGAGGCUCGACAACUGAUAAAGGAGAGUGUGGAAUUGCGUGACAAGCUCAGCGACAUUGCAGCAUCGUCGUCGCCAUCCAACUUGCCCAUAGGCGUCGGGUUCCAACUGUGGAGCGACGACCUAGCCACCGCAGCACAACUGGUCCAGCAAUACCGCCCGAGCGUGGCAUGGCUCUACGCGCCACGCGACGAACAGAAAGACUACGCGCUGUGGUCGUCGACGCUCCGACGCGCGUCUCCCGACAUUGCCAUCUGGAUCCAAAUCGGAACGGUGGCCGAGGCGGAGCUACUAUCCAAACUGGCCCAAGUGCCCGACGCGAUUGUCGUGCAGGGCGCCGAAGCCGGCGGCCACGGUCGAGCCCACGAUGGACUCGGCUUGCUCGCGCUGCUCCCGGAGGUGGCCCAGGUUCUGCAGCAGAACGGACACGAGAACAUCCCCUUGAUCGCGGCGGGCGGGAUCGUCAAUGGCCGAGGCGCGGCGGCAGCCUUGUGCCUAGGAGCGACCGGCGUGGCUAUAGGCACACGGUUUCUGGCCGCCACCGAGGCCCGCAUCAGCCGUGGCUACCAGCAGGAAAUUGUGCGGGCGCGCGACGGCGGCGCCAAUACCACGCGUACCGUGCUCUACAAUCAGUUGCGCGGCACUGUGGGCUGGCCUGAGCAAUACGCCCCGCGGACCAUUAUCAACCGCUCCUAUGUCGACCAUGUCAACGGCGUGCCGUUCGACACUCUCCAGAAGCUUCAUGACGAAGUGGUGGUACGCGGUGAUCAGGCGUGGGGGCCAGAAGGACGAGUGGCGACUUAUGCGGGUGCCUCGGUUGGGUUGAUUCAUGAUGUUCGACCUGCCGCGAGUCUUGUGCGAGAUAUUCAGCGCGACACGGUCAGGGUUCUGCAGAGUCUUCAAGGGGGGAAGUUGUGA